AUGUUUGCCAUCAUCCUAAAUGUGAUCCUUUGGGUCCCACAGGCGCACGGGGCGUGGGCCUGCGUGCGCUCCUGCCCUCCCAGCUGCCUGUGCACCCCGGAGAGGAGCUGCUCCGUGCGCUGCGACCGCGCCGGGCUGGGCCAGAUCCCCAGCGAGUUCCCCUGCGAGGCCUCCUCCAUCAACCUGGAUAAAAACAGCAUCAAGUUCCUGUCCGAGAGGGCCUUCGGGACGCUGCCUUCCCUCAAGUCCCUGUCACUCAACCACAACAACAUCUCCUUCAUCACGCCGGGCGCCUUCAAGGGGCUGCCCAGCCUGACGGAGCUGAGGAUGGCCCACAACGAGUACAUCCGCUACCUGCACACGCGCACCUUCACCGCGCUCCGCCGCCUCGUCAGGCUGGACCUGGCCGACUGCAACCUCUUCAACAUCCCAGACAGGAUCUUCAUCGAGCUGCCUGCUCUGCAGGAGCUGUUCUGCUUCCAGAACAACUUCCGAAGGAUCCCGGGCGCCAUCAGGGGCAUGGAGAACUUGACCCAUGUGUACCUGGAGAGAAACAGGAUCGAAGCGGUGGCCUAUAACUCCCUGCAGGGCCUGACCAAGCUGAAAUACCUGAAUCUGCAGGACAACAAGAUAAAUGUCAUCCAUGAGCGAGCUUUUCAGGGCUGUCAGAGGAUGGAGUACCUGUACCUGAAUGACAACUUGAUCAGUGAGCUUCCAGAAAACUCUUUUGAUGGCCUGAGGCGCCUGAAGAUGCUCAACCUGGGGGGGAAUUUUCUCAGGAACAUUUCCAACACCUGGUUCCGGGACUUGGGGGAGCUGGAGUUCCUCUACCUGGACCGCAACAGGAUCAGCUACAUCGAGGAAGGGGCUUUUGAGAACCUCACCAGCCUGGUGGCUCUGCACUUGAACAGCAACAACCUGACGACGCUGCCCUUCUCCGUGUUCGAGCCCGUGUACUUCCUGGGCCGGCUGUACCUCUUCCGCAACCCCUGGGAGUGCGACUGCCGCCUCGAGUGGCUCAAGGAGUGGAUGGAGAACUACAGGCUGGUCAGAGACAUCCCGUGUGCCUCCCCCUCCUCGGUGGCUGGCACUGAUCUGACGGACGUGCUCUUCGAGAGGUCUCCCGAAGGUUUCUGCCUGGACCCGGAGGAGCUGAACGUCACGUCUGAGCGGCCCACCCCCAGCGAGGAGCCUUGGUCCACCACAGAGAGCAAGUUCAACAGCCUUAUCUCCAAACUCCUGCUCCAGAUGGGCCUUCCCGAAGAGGUGGCAAACGCCACUGAAGUGUACAGUAACAGCACGCAGCCAGAUGGACAGACUGAAGGGGUUUCUUCUGGCGUGGGGGAGGACAGAACCAAGGCUGACUCCUCUUCCUUGUACCUCCCAGCACUUUUGACAGCGAUUGUUCUGCUGUGCAAAUAG